GGAGCAAUGACAUCACGCGGCCUUCUCCAGGCGCCGGCACAAAGAGCGGCGCGGACAGGCCGCUGCGGGCGGAGCCGGCGGCCGCCGCCGCCCAGGGCCCCGGGGCCCCGCCGGCCAGGCCCGCCGCCCGGGGCGUCCGCAGCGCGCCGCUGAGCCCGGGGAGGGGCGCCCGCAGCCCGCCGCGCAGCAUGCACUGGGGGGUUGGCUUCGCCGCGUCCAGGCCGUGCGUGGCGGAUCUGAGCUGGAACCAGAGCGUCGCCUUCUUCGGCUGGUGGGCCGGGUCCGAGGAGCCCUUCUCCUUUUAUGGGGACAUCAUCGCUUUCCCUUUGCAGGAUUACGGUGGGAUCAUGGCAGGGCUGGGCUCCGAUCCCUGGUGGAAGAAAACACUUUACUUGACCGGGGGAGCUUUGCUGGCCGCAGCUGCGUAUCUGCUCCACGAACUCCUGGUCAUUAGGAAACAGCAAGAGAUUGACUCCAAAGAUGCAAUUAUUUUGCAUCAGUUUGCAAGACCUAACAAUGGCGUCCCCAGUCUGUCUCCUUUCUGUUUGAAAAUGGAAACUUAUUUAAGGAUGGCUGACUUACCCUAUCAGAACUAUUUUGGUGGAAAACUCUCUGCUCAAGGGAAAAUGCCUUGGAUUGAAUACAAUCAUGAAAAGGUCUCUGGCACAGAAUUCAUCAUUGACUUUCUGGAGGAGAAACUUGGCGUGAACUUGAACAAAACCCUUGGCCCUCACGAAAGAGCCGUCUGCAGAGCGGUGACCAAGAUGGUGGAGGAGCACUUCUACUGGACGUUGGCUUACUGCCAGUGGGUGGACAAUCUCCAUGAGACCCGGAAGAUGCUGUCCCUUAGUGGCGGUGGUCCCUUCAGUAACCUGCUGCGGUGGGUCGUGUGCCACAUAACAAAAGGAAUUGUGAAGCGCGAGAUGCACGGCCACGGCAUUGGCCGCUUCUCGGAGGAAGAGAUUUACACGCUGAUGGAGAAGGACAUGCGGUCUUUGGCAGGGCUCUUGGGUGACAAGAAGUACAUCAUGGGACCCAAGCUGUCCACUCUUGACGCCACCGUCUUUGGACACUUGGCACAGGCCAUGUGGACCUUACCUGGGACGAGACCUGAGCGGCUGAUCAAAGGUGAGCUGAUCAACCUUGCCAUGUACUGUGAGAGGAUAAGGAGGAAAUUCUGGCCCGAGUGGCACCAUGACGAUGACAACACCAUCUACGAGUCCGAGGAGAGCAGCGAAGGCAGUAAAACGCACACGCCCGUGCUUGACUUCAGUUUUUACUCAAGGACAGAGACCUUUGAAGAUGAGGGAGCAGAGAACAGUUUUUCCAGAACCCCGGACACGGAUUUCACUGGGCACUCGCUCUUUGAUUCUGACGUGGACAUGGAUGACUAUACAGAUCACGAACAGUGCAAGUGACGUUUGGUCUCGCUGACCCUCUGAUGCCGGCCCUGCCGCUUCCUGGAGUCAGUCCUGUUUCCCAGACAGAGAUCCAUCCAAGCCGGGAGGAGACCUUCAUGCCUGGCAGUCCUGGCGAGCUAACUGGACUACAACAGCCUUAUUCCUUUUUGUACAAACAAAACACAGAACCAUUCAAGUGGCUCCAUUUAAAACAAACAGGCAAAAAAAAAAAAAAAAAAGUAAUGUCAGCAUGGUUUCUGAAAUCCAUUUUUGUUUUCAUUAGAAAACUAAGAUUAUGCAGAAGAGCAGGUGCAAGAACAGAUUGUGCACUGACCACUCUUAUGUUGAUCCUCUUCAACCCAAGGGCUUAGUUGCGAGAUGGAUUCUUGAACAUCUUCGUCCACCAAGGUUUGAAGUAAUGAGAUAGGGCGUCAUCAGAGGAGAUGUAGGAGAUAAAUGUUCUAUGGUGGCUGCUUGUAUUUUAUGCGUGUGUAUUGUAUGUUGAAAUAGAAGUAAAAUAAAACCCAUAGUUAUUCAGUGAA